AUGAAUCUCUCCAUCUGCUCACACCACGGGAACUGCAACUCGCAGUGGACUCUAAAUCUCUCGCGUUUCCCGUCUGGAUCCAGGCUGAACACCCACGCGACCAUGGAGCCCUUUGUGAUCGCCACGAACCGGCAGCUUAGCGUGGUGCACCCGAUCUACAAGCUGCUGAGCCCCCACUUCCGCGAUACCAUGAACAUUAACGCCCUCGCCCGGCAGAUCCUCAUCAACGCUGGGGGGGUCCUCGAGAAGACGGUCUUCCCCGACAAGUACUCCAUGGAGCUGUCUUCGAGGGUGUACAAGAACUGGAAACUGACAGACCACGCCUUGCCAGUGGACCUCCUCAAGAGGUGCGACAGUCAUCCACGCUGUGAAGAUCGCCGAUCGUCUCGCGUUGUGCACGAUUCUCUGUUCGUCGACUGAUCUGUGAUUCACCUGGUGUUUCAGGGGUGUGGCUGUAGAGGAUCCCGCCUCCCCCGGGAGGCUCCGGCUGCUGAUCGAGGAUUACCCGUACGCCGUCGACGGUCUCGCCGUCUGGUCGGCCAUCGAGGAAUGGGUGGAGGCGUACUGCACAAUCUACUAUCCCUCCGACAAGACGGUGCAGGAGGAUACCGAGUUCCAGGCCUGGUGGCGGGAGGUGCGCGAGGGGGGCCACGGAGACAAGAAGGACGAGCCAUGGUGGCCGGCCAUGAGGACCGUGGCUAGCUGAACCGGACCUGCAGCACGAUCAUCUGGAUCGCCUCCGCCCUCCACGCUGCCGUCAACUUCGGGCAGUACCCCUACUCCAGUUACCUGCCCAACCGCCCAACCAUCAGCCGGCGGUUCAUGCCGGAGCCGGGAACGCUGGAGUACGCUGAGCUUGAGGCCAAUCCCGACAGAGUCUUCCUCAAGUCCAUCACCAGCCUGCUGCAGAGCAUUCUCGGCAUCUCCCUCAUCGAGAUUCUUCCUAGGCACUCCGACGAGGUCUACCUGGGGCAGAGGGACACCCCCGAGUGGAACUCCGACGAGAAGGCACUGACCGCCUUCGAGGCCUUCGCCGACAAGCUGGUCGCCAUCGAGAACCGGAUCAUCGAGAUGAACCAGGACAGCCGCCUCAAGAACCGUAAUGGCCCGGUGGAGGUGCCCUACACCCUGCUCUACCCAAGCACCUCCGACUUCAAGCGGGUCGGCGGGUUGACCGGCUGCAGUAUCCCCAACAGCGUCUCCAUCUGA